CCUGAUUAGUUGUUCGCUGAGUGGUACAAGAUGUCAGAGAUGUGGCUAAUACAAACAACCGCAUGGAUAUAGACACCCUACUAUAUGGCCUGAAGGGAAAAUGGUGACUGUGCUCUUCACACCAAAACAUGUUCAACCUGAUGAGCAACUGCUGCAGCUGGGUCUCCAAAUUCCAGCAGCCCAUUCGGAAGGUCACGGUGUUGGUUGUUGGUCUUGACAAUGCAGGGAAAACAUCCAUGAUCAGGGGACUCAUGAAAGCUUUUCCCGGUGAAGUAAGCCCCACGCAGGCAUGCGUCCGCACAGAGCUGAGAGUGGACCACUUCCUGGUGACCCUGCUGGAUAUGGCUGGAGCUCCUGAAUCCCACCAGGCCUGGAGGGACCACUACAGUGAAGCUCACGGGAUCAUAUUUGUGGUGGACUCUAGUGACCGAGUGCGGCUUCAACAGGUCAAGGUGGUCCUGUCAGACCUGCUGAAGCAGCCCAGGGUGGCAGGCAAGCCCCUCCUUGUGCUGGCUAACAAGCAGGACAAGAUGGGUGCUUUAAUGGGAAGCGAGUUGAUCGAGGCCCUGACCUUGGAGAAACUGGUCAAUCACAGCCGGUCUUUCUGCCACAUUGAGUCAUGCUCCGCCAUGCUGGAUGUCCGGAGGUGGUCGGACAGGAAGACGCUACAGGGCCUGCGUUGGUUACUGCGAGCUGUGAGUCUGGACUACCCCGAAUUGUGUGCUCGUGUCUCACGGGAUAACAGGCAGCCCCUGGACUCCGAGGAAAAAGACAGGCAUGGCAAAAAUGAGAAAGGGCGCAAGUCCAAAGAGGACAGAAUCCACACCAGCAAGCCUGAAACUGGUCUAUCGCGUCCCCAGAAAGAAAAGUUACCUCAACCAAGGAGCAAACUGGAGCCCAUUCAAAAUGUCCUGGAAAAGGAAAACACUUUGAGAAAGAAGGUGAAGAGGAAGAAGCAGCAGGUGAAGACUAAGGAUGCCAUGAAGAACAGCACUGGCAAGAGGGAGGAAGAGGAGGAGCCGGGGGAUGCUGAGGCAGAGCAAGAACACAGUGAGCAAAAGGAGAAAGCCAGCGCUGCCCUGGUACCGCGUAACCGCGCAAAGCCGGCCUGCAUGACCCAAAUGAAAGAACAGACUCUGGAGCUCCCAGAGACACCUGACAUCGAACAAUCAAACACAAAGAAAGGAAAAGGAGAAAAAAAAAAAAAGAGAAAGAUGGUAAAAGUGAAGGGGAAAAACAAAAUUAACACUGAACAGAUUCCAGCCGGAUAUUCUCAACCAGUGGACCUUUCUGCUACUUUUGACCUCUACAGAAAAGCCAUCUUGGCUCUGAAGGCUCGUCAGGACCAGGGACGAUAAGGGCCUGGCUUACUAAGACCUGUAGCACAUGCAAAUCCUUUUUAUCACACGCAAAAA